AUGGGCUCAGCUCUACCCAGCAUGGCCAUUCCGGAGAUCACAGACGAGUGGGGUGUGACGUCUUCAGAAGAGAGUGUUUUACCCAUCUCCGUGUAUCUCAUCGGCUACGUCUUUGGCCCGAUCAUCUGGGGGCCCCUGAGUGAACAGUUCGGGCGGAGAAACUUGAGCAUUGGCGCUUUCUCCGUGUUUUCACUCUUCACCAUGGCCUGUGCCUUGGCGUCCAACUGGCCCUCAUUCUUGAUUUUCCGCUUCUUUUGCGGCAUUACAGGGAGCUGUCCCAUCGCCGUCGUGGCUGGGAUUCUUGCUGAUAUCUACGGUGAACCCCGGACAAGGGGCCGAGCCUUCGCCAUCUUCAUGGUCACGACCGUGUUCGGUCCGCUCUUUGCACCCAUUGUCUCUGGCUUCUGUUCCUCCAGUAUCGGCUGGCGCUGGACUUUCUGGAUCGCCCUGAUUGUCUGUGGUGUCACUUUUGUCAUGAUCAUUCUCCUGCCCGAGACCUUUGGACCCAUACUCCUCGCUAGACGUGCAGCUCGCAUGCGUGCCGCUGACCCGCCUGCGAGGGUGGUCGCACCACGAGAUCUCGAGUCGACCGACUUGAAUCAGCUUCUCACCGUGGUGCUGACACGGCCAAUCAGGAUGCUAAUCUCGGAACCGAUUGUGAGCACCACCUGCGCGUACCUGGCAUUGUGUUACAGCAUAUUCUACAUGUCUUUCCAGGCGUUCCCCAUCAUCUUUCAACAACUGUAUGGUCUAUCACCCGGAGUAACGGGACUGUGCUACCUUCCGAUUGGCGUAGGGGCAAUAUUGUCUCUGCCCGUAUUCUGGUAUUGGGAUCACUUCCUCGCUCUCGCUGUUUCAAGGGGAAAGACGUGGACCAAGCGUGAAGAGUUGCGUCGCCUCCCGCUGGCCUGCGUUGGUGGGCCAUCCUUCGUCAUCGCACUGUUCUGGUUGGGAUGGUCUGCGCAGGAGGGAACCUCGUUCGUUGCGCCUAUGCUGGCAGGCAUACCUUUUGGCUUUGGCUUCCAACUCAUUUUCAUGGCGAUGCUGAAUUAUCUGACCGAUGCCUACGAUACCUUCGCAGCGUCAGCGAACGCCGUGGCAGGCAUGUGUCGGUCGUUGCUCGCGGUGGUGUUACCGCUGGCAACGAGCCACAUGUUUAACAAUCUUGGCAUUUCUGGGGCGUGCUCUCUUCUCGGCGGCCUGACUGCGGUAAUGUGCGCAAUCCCAUUUGUGUUCAUCUGGAAAGGACCCAGCAUCAGGGCCAGGUCCAAGUUUUGUAUUGCUUUGCGUGAAAGAAGAGAAGAAUUGGCUCGAAAAGCGGAAGAAGAGAGGCUUAGGGCCGAGCAUUCUGGUGAGCGCGAAAAGGAACAGGCAGUCUGA